AUGUUUGGAGUGGCUCAGAUCGUCUACUACGCAACUUGCGUGGCUUGGGCCGCGAUCUUUUACCAGGUCUAUCUGAAGGAAUUCUUUGCGACAACUCUUGGCUUUGGUCGCAUUGUACAGAGCAUUGAUGAGUUUCCAUAUACUUGUAGACGCGUUGAGCACCCGCGAUUAGAGGCCUGUGAGGAUAUUUGGCUUGACAAUGAGGCGAGAACGUUGUAUGCGGCUUGUGCGGGGACCAAGGGCAGGCUAGCAUGGAGUCAGGCAGUCGGGAAGUUGAAUGUCACUGGUCGGAGGCCUGGCGGGUCAGAGUUGAUUGCGCUGGACAUCGAUUACCCAGGUCAUGAUAAUCUUUUCAAUAUGCGUGCAAUUAAGCCUGUCGGGUACACAGGAGCUACGGGAGAUGGAACCCUGGAUCUCCUUGGAUUCGAUGCCCAGAUCCUCGAUGGUGAUACGAUUCAAUUCUACUUCGUCAACCAACGACCGCCAAUUGGACCUUUCAACAACGUAAUCGAUGCUUCGAAAAUUGGUGCCAACUCUACAAUUGAGGUUUUCGAGAUGAGGCGCAGCGAAGAUCAGAUGCGCCACCUUCGUACUAUCUGGUCACCUGACCAGGUACACACCCCAAAUCGAGUUGCUGCAUUGGGUGAUGGAGCGUUUCUUGUCACCAAUGAUCACUCCGUAAGAAGUGGCUGGCGAAUUUUGCUUGACCCCAUCAUUGGUGGUGGAAAUGUAGCAUAUUGUGAUGGUAAUGGUCAAUGUCACGAUGCAUUCAGCAGAGAUGAAAAGAUGGCCAAUCUCGCACCGUCAGCUCCACAUAACCAAGCCAAGUUCAAUACGUGGAUGUCCGCGUACCUCGCAAAAAUUGAACAUCUGAUGCCUAAGUUGAAACUGAAAUUUCCCAAUGGCCUUGCGAGAGGUUUCGACGGUCUCUUCUAUCUGCCCAGUACCGUCGAUGGCCAAAUUCGUGUUCUCGCACUCAAGGAUGACAAAACACUCCAACAAAUUGACACCAUUCGUGUGGGGAUGCCACUUGAUAACGUAUCGCCGGAUGCGAAGGGCGAUCUGUAUGUUCCCGGGUUUCCCAACUUGCAAUCGGUGAAGGGGUUUGGAGACCCAUACGGCCAACCUGCUCCAGCGACUAUAUGGCGCAUCAGGAAGACUGUGGAUGCGAAUGCGGAUGGCGUCAGAUCUGUAGACUACCGCAUCGAAAAGGUCAUUGAAGACAAGGACUCAAAAGUAAUUGCUGGCGCUACAACAGUGAGACACGAUGCAAGAACUGGACGUCUGUUCAUCGCGGCUGCUGUAUAUCCAUUCCUUGUGGUGUGUGAGCCACACUCAUCUUGA